UUAGAGUUUAACAUGAGCCUUUGUUGUGGAUACGGAAGCUCUUCCCCCACCUGGAGAAUAUUUAACUGCGACACAUCAUAAAACCCAAAGUGAAACUAUUGUGAACACUUCAGCUGCCUUCUCCACAGUAAUUUUGAAUUUAUAGAAAGAAUAUAUAGAAAGAGAGAGAGAUUCUGUGAAUCAGCUAAGAGGACAGACAGACGAGUUCAGGAGAUGUCGCGGUAUUACAGCAGGCUGCAUUAGUUCAUGAUGAGUGCUGAAAAGAGUGAUGAUGCUCCUGCCACAGGGAGCAGUCCAGAAGACCUGCAAGCUGAACAACAUGAACAGAAGAAAUCAGACUCCUCCACAGUAUCACACGUGUCCAUGAAGAGUGGCAGAUCCAUCACUCCACCACUGGACUUCAGAAAGGAUGAACAGGGGAACACAGAAAGAGCUAAACAAGAGAGAGCUGAAUCCUCCACAGCAUCACAUCUGUCCAUGAAGAGUGACAGAUCAAUCACUCCACCACUGGACUUCAUCUCGGGAGAACAGAAACAGACAGAAAGGAAAUCUGUGGAUGACCAUGCAGUGUCCACAUCUGCUGAUAGAGUCUGUCAGCGGCAUCACAGAGCUCUGGAUGUGUUCUGCCAGACCGAUAACAUCCACAUCUGCUGCAUCUGUGUUGAGGAGGAGCACCAAGGCCACAGGAAAACCUACACUGCGAAACUCAAUGUUCCAGACAGUCAGUCAAUGCUUUUACACAUUAUGGAGAAGAUGAGGAGUGAGGACUUCAACACCUUUAAAAGAGAGCUUUCUGAGGAUUACGCAGGAUGCUUAGGGGCUCAGUCAGAGGAGCUCAGUGUGUCUGAGGCUGCUGAGAACAUCAUGAGGAGUUUUGGAGGAGAGGCAGCACUGAGACUCAUACUGCAUUUCCAGACUAAAGCCAAUCCACUUAAAAAAAUCACAGAUGCAAAUAAAACAAAGCUUAAAAACAAAUGUCAAAAUAUCAAUGAAGGAAACUCAUCCUAUGGUAAACAGAGUUUACUGAUGGAGGUCUACACAGAUCUGUACUUUACUGAGGGUGGAAGCGGAGAGAUCAAUAAUGAGCACGAGGUGCUGAGGAAUGAAAUGAUUUCUCAGAGCAGAACAACUCAAGAGGUUUUAUAUGCAUGUGAUGAGAUCUUCAAGACACUUCCAGGACAAAGAACACAAGUCAGGACAGUCCUGACGAUGGGCAUAGCUGGCAUCGGCAAGCAUGUCUCAGUGCAGAAGUUCAUUCUAGACUGGGCAGAGGGAAAAGCAAACCAAGAUAUAGAGAUCAUCAUCCAUCUCCCCUUCCGAGACCUCAGCUGUAGAGAGGAGAGCUGCAGUCUUCUUCAGCUGGUCCAUCAGUACUCUCCUGAGCUGAGAGAAGCAGAUCUUCAACAUCUGAAAGUGCUGUUUAUUUUAGAUGGGUUAGAGCUCUGUCAGUAUCCUCUUCAUUUCCAUAAGAAUGUUUACUGUGCUGAUAUAAACGAGAAGGUUCCUGUAGAUGCACUGCUUACGAAUCUCAUCAAGGGGAAUCUGCUUCCCUCAGCUCUCCUCUGGAUUACCACACGACCAUCCACAGCCGGCCGGAUCCCUCCUGAGUGUGUCCAUCGGGUCACAGAGAUCCGCGGGUUCAGUGAUGAUCAAAAAGACUCUUACUUCAGGAAGAAAAUCAGCGAUCAGACACUAGCAGAUGAAAUCAUCAGACACAUCAAAUCAUGCCAGAGCCUCUACAUCAUGUGCCACAUGCCCAUCUUCUGCUGGAUAUCUGCCACGGUGCUGGAAAACAUCAUGAGGGAGGGACAAUCAGAAGAACUACCCAGAACUCUGACCGGGAUGUUCACCCACUUUCUGCUCCUUCAGGUCAGUCUCAAGCACAAGAAGUUCAAUGGAGCUGAUGGAGAUAACCCAAAGAAGCUCUCUGAGUUUGACCAAACCUUCAUUCUGAAACUGGGAGAGCUGGCUUUCCAGCAAAUGGAGAAGGGAGAUUUGAUCUUCAGAGAAGAGGAUCUGAGAGAAGGUGGCAUUGAUGUGAGUAAAGUCUCGGAGUACUCCGUGUGCACAGAGUUUUUCAGAGAAGAGCUGGGACUGUACAGGGAGAAGCUCUACGGGUUUUUGCAUGUGAGCUAUCAGGAGUUUCUGGCAGCGAUAUACGCUCACUUCACCUGCGUUAAUGACGGGAGAAAUGUUUUUCUCAAAGAUGAAUCUAGAAGCAGUGUUGAUCUGUGUGAUGUGCAUCAGACUGCCGUGGAGAAAGCUUUACAGAGUGAGAAUGGACACCUCGACCUUUUCCUUCGCUUCCUCUUGGGUCUUUCUGUAGACUCCAACUUCAAUCUCCUGCAAGAUCUUCUCAAAGACACCUCCUGUAAACCCCGUGUGGACACCAGCAGCACUGUGAGUUUCAUCAAAGAGAAGGUCAAGCUGGAGCAGUCACCAGAGAGAAUCAUCAAUCUCUUCCACUGCUUAAACCAGCUGAACGACAACAGUCUAGUUGAAGAAAUAAAGGCUGCCAUGAAAUCAGGAACACUGCUGGGCAGCGAGCUGGAUCCUGAGCAGUGGUCAGCCCUGGCUUAUGUCUACCUGACGUCCGGGGAGGAAAUAGAGGAGUUUGACAUGAUUAAGUCAAACCAGCUACGACUGCUGCCGGUGCUGAGGAUCUGCAAAAAGGCCAGAUUGAAUUGCUGUAAUCUCUCGUUUGCAUCCUGUGGAUUAGUGGCCUCAGCUUUAAAGUCAGUCAACUCUCCUUUGACAGAGCUGGAUCUGAGCAACUGUAAACUAAACAUCUUUGGAAUGAACACACUCUUGGAUGGACUGAAGAGUCCACACUCUAAAGUGAAGAAACUGAGGUUGGCUGGCUGUUUUUUCCCAUCAGAAACCUGUGCCAAUUUGGCCUUGGCUCUCAAAUCAGUGAACUCACAAGUGACAGAACUUGAUCUGAGCUACAAUAAGAUAACUGAUGGAGUUCAUAAAUUCUGUGCUGGGCUUACUAGUCAAAACUGUAAACUUCAGAAACUUGUGUUAAAGCGCUGUGGUCUCACAAAGGCAAGCUGUGCACAUCUAGCAUCAGUUCUGAAAUCUAACACACACCUGAUGGAGCUGGAGCUGAAAGGCAAUGACCUGCAGGAUUCUGGAGUGGAGCUGCUCUCAACAGGACUGAUGGAUCCACAGUGUAGAUUAGAGAAACUGGGACUGUCAGGAUGUAUGAUCACAAAGGUGGGCUGCAAUUCACUGGCCUCAGCUCUUACUUCAAAUGCUGAUUGCAUGAGUGAACUGGAUUUGACCUACAACCAUCCUGGAGACUCGGGAGUGAAGCUGCUCACUGCUAAAAAAGAGGAUCCCAACUGUAAACUGGAGAAACUACAUGUUAAGAAAAGAGGAGAGUGUCGAAUGAAACCAGGUCUACGGAAAUAUGCCUGUCAGCUCACAGUGGACCCAAACACAAUUCAUCCACGCCUGAUAGUGUCUAAUGACAACAGGACAAUAUCAGAAACCACAGAGCAUCAGAAAUAUCCUGUUCAUCCAGACAGAUACACACUGUAUCCACAGGCCAUGUGCAGAGAGCCUCUGGCUGACCGCUCUUACUUUGAGGUGAAGUGUACAGGUGGAGUUAGCAUUGGAGUGGCCUAUAAGACUUCAGAUAGAACAGAGGAUUUAAUGGGAUUCAACAACACAUUCCCUAGUCUCAUGUGUCUGAAUGGCAGAAUUAAACUGUGGCAGAAUAAUGAUGUAAUCCAUUAUGAACUACCUGUGUUUGCUCAGUCCAGCAGAGUUGGGGUUUAUGUGGACCAGUAUCAAGGAAGUCUGUCAUAUUACAGCAUUUGCAAGGACACACUUAUUCACCUGCACACACACCACACUGAAUUCACCAGCCCCUUAUAUAUAGGCUUUCUUUUUAUGCCUGACUCCUCAGUCACUCUGUUAGAUGACAGCUUGUAAAUUAGGCUUUGUUUGCAUUUAACUAAAAAUAUCUUACAGUCACUCAGCAGAAACACGUAUACAUAUGUCUACAGAACAGGGUUUGAAAAGAAGCUGGGCUUAAAAGAUUUGUUAAGCUCUGUGGUUUAGCAGCACCUUGAGAAUGAGUUUUACAAAAAAAAACAUUUUAAAUGUGUGUGUGUGUGUGUGUGUGUGUGUGUGUGUGUGUGUACGGCAAACUUUCAGAAAGAUUUGAAUAAACAGAUACAUUAAAUAAACUUACUUGGUAUUUUGACUAGUGAGCUGUUUUUCCAACACAAUCUUACAGCAAUUUGUAAAUUUUUGA